GCGGUGAGGCGGGGACGGGCCGGCGGGCGCCGUUUGUCAGCCCUAUUGACAGACGUGAUGGGGUUUCCGUCCGUGAUCAAUGAUUCUCAUCUCCGGGCCGAAUGAGCCGCGGGGCGCCCAUCCAUCCCCGUCAGCAUCGCGCGGCGGCAGCCGCCCGAGGCCCCGCCCGUCCCCACCUCGGCCCCUGCCCUGCGCCUGCCCCGACACACCUUGGCCCUGAACAGGGCAGAGGCCCGGGGCUUGGAGAGCGUCGUCCGGCUGGGCUCCGCGGCGCCCCCACUCCGGGUGCACGGGCCCGGAGCCCAGAGCCCCACGCCCUGCCCCGUUCCUCCUGGGCGCACAGACGCGGCCUCUCGGGGGACCAGUGCCUGAGCCCCUCGACCCCCUCCGCUUCGCACCUGGGCCAGGGGCGUGUCCGGGGCGUGCCGGUUGUGAAAGUCACCUUCGGUGCCCCCAGCUGGGCGGGAGGGGGCGCGCGGGGCGCGGCCGGGAUUGGAGCGCCGCGGAGCCCCGCCCCCCGCCCGCGGAGUCAGACCCAACUUUCUCCCCCGCCCGCGCCCCGCCCCCAGCGCCGGCUCCGCGCCUCGCGCCCAGUCCGCGGGCCGCGCCGCCGCUCCCGCCGCUCCCGCAGCCGCCCCGCCGCCCGCCCGGAGCCCCGCGUCCCUAGGCCUGGCUCCCGCCUGCCCGAGACCCGCCCGGCCUGCCCCGCUCAGCCGCCAGAGAAGAUGCGGCUGCUCCCGGAAUGGUUCCUCUUGCUCUUUGGCCCGUGGCUCCUUAGGAAGGCCGUCAGUGCCCAGAUACCAGAGUCCGGAAGGCCGCAGUACCUGGGGCUGCGCCCCGCCGCGGCCGGAGCGGGUGCCCCCGGCCAGCAGCUCCCAGAGCCAAGGUCUUCGGACGGCCUAGGCGCGGGCCGCGCCUGGAGCUGGGCCUGGCCGACCAACCACACGGGGGCGCUGGCCCGGGCAGGGGCAGCCGGGGCGUUGCCCGCGCAGCGCACCAAGAGGAAGCCGUCCAUCAAGGCGGCGCGCGCCAAAAAGAUCUUCGGCUGGGGGGACUUCUACUUUCGGGUGCAUACCCUCAAGUUUUCGCUGCUGGUGACCGGCAAGAUCGUGGACCAUGUGAACGGUACCUUCAGUGUGUAUUUCCGCCACAACUCGUCCAGCCUGGGCAACCUCAGUGUCAGCAUCGUGCCGCCCUCCAAGCGUGUCGAGUUCGGAGGAGUCUGGCUGCCCGGGCCUGUCCCCCACCCUCUGCAGUCUACGCUCGCCCUGGAGGGGGUGCUUCCUGGGCUGGGGCCCCCGCUGGGGAUGGCAGCAGCAGCGGCGGGGCCGGGGCUUGGGGGCUCCCUCGGGGGCGCACUGGCGGGGCCGCUUGGGGGCGCGUUGGGAGUGCCUGGGGCCAAAGAGUCACGCGCUUUCAAUUGCCACGUGGAGUAUGAGAAGACAAACCGCGCGCGCAAGCACCGACCGUGCCUGUACGACCCAUCGCAGGUGUGCUUCACCGAGCACACGCAGAGCCAGGCCGCCUGGCUCUGUGCCAAGCCCUUCAAAGUCAUCUGUAUCUUCGUCUCUUUCCUCAGCUUUGACUACAAACUGGUGCAGAAGGUGUGCCCAGACUAUAACUUCCAGAGUGAGCACCCCUACUUCGGAUAGCGCCCCUCCCCAGCCAGUCCUGAGCCUCCCGCCAAAUCCCAGCCUCACUAGGUGGGACCCCCUUCCCAGUGUUCUGCCGCUCCUGUGGCCAUGUCGCCCACUCCUUCCACUCUGGGGGCGGAGGGGAACGGCUUCUCGGGACCCUCAGCUAGCGUGGGUGCCCUUUUCCUUAUGCGGAGUGCCCGCAAGGCUGGGGUAGCCCCCUCCAGUACACCCCAAAGUGAAAGGGAUAAGAGUGCAGCCCCAGAACAGGCGGGGCUUGGAGGCGGUCCCAAUGUCCCCUGGGUCCACAGUGGGUCCCCUUUUCACCCUUGGCGCUAGGCUGCGCACUCCCUUUCCCCGCAGCUUUAAUAACUCCUGGCCUGGCACCCUCACCCCACCCUGACUUUCCCAUCCCCCAGCGCUUGUCCUGCUUCACCCUACCCCGCCUAAGACUGUAAAGGCCUAAAAACCUCGGCCUGUCCUCCCACCAUUCUGCCUGCCAUAUGCCUGUCCCCUUUUCCUCCAAACCCUAUUAGGGUACCGGAAGCAGAACCCCUGGGCUGAGGCCCUGGCCCUGCCCCCGGCCCCUGCCCGCCCCCCUCCAGUCCAGGCAGUCCAGCUCCACCUGCCCUCUCCUGCUGCUUCCUCUCGGUGAUAUUUUUUCUACGCCAAAACAGACGGGAAAGGCAACAAAAUAAAGUGAAAUCCAAUACA